AUGGCUCCGAAGCGCAAGCGUACCAACACCUUGUCUGGGUCGUCCGCAGCCACAGGCACCGCCGCCCAAGCGCCGCCCGUCGACGUCGCCCAGCCCUCAUCCCGCGAUGCCUCUGGCGAAGACACCGAGGACCCGGUCCUCCAGGAGCUGAAGCAGCGCCAGCAAGUGGAGACGGGCAACGCCGCCGGCGCCGCCUCUUCGUCGACGAAGCGCGGCCGCUCGAGCAGCAAGCCGGAUGCCGGCGACGACAACGAACGAGACGACGACGACGACGACGAUGACGACGAUGCGCCGGCGGCCAAGGCCGCCCGCACCGAGAGGAAGGAGCGGACCAACGAGGAGAAGGCCGUGGAGGGCGAGAACGGCGAGAAGGGCAAGAUGAGGAUGCCCGACCCGCCGCGCGCGGGCCUGGUCGAUCCGGUGGGCUACAAGACCAACCCGCCGCCCGAGGGUCGUGCGGUGCGUGUGUAUGCGGACGGUGUCUUUGAUCUAUUCCAUCUCGGACACAUGCGACAGCUCCAGCAAGCUAAGAUGGCCUUCCCCAACACGUAUCUGCUCGUAGGUGUCACGGGCGAUAAGGAAACCCACAAGCGUAAAGGACUCACCGUCAUGUCGGCGCGCGAGCGGGCGGACAGCGUCAGACACUGCAAGUGGGUGGAUGAGGUGGUUGAAGACUGCCCGUGGGUGGUGUCGCCUGAGUUCCUCGCGCAGCACAAGAUCGACUACGUUGCGCACGACGACAUCCCGUACGGUGCGGACGAGGGCGACGAUAUCUAUUCUUCCAUCAAGAAGGAGGGUAAAUUCCUCGUUACGCAGCGGACCGAGGGUCUCAGCACGACUGGCAUCAUCACGAAGAUCGUCCGCGACUACGACCAGUACAUCCAGCGGCAAUUCAAGCGGGGCGCGUCGCGCCAGGAGCUGAACGUGUCGUGGCUGAAGAAGAACGAGCUGGACCUCAAGCGCAACAUGACGGAGCUGCGGGACAACAUCAAGAGCAACUGGACGACGACGGGGCAGGAGCUGGGCAAGGAACUGCGCCAGUUCUGGCAGACCAACAUCAGCGGGAGCAGGCCCGCCAGCCCCGCCCGCAGCCCAGCCGCUACGCCCAGUCGGGAGACGCCACCGACCCUGAAGCGGCACCUCAGCCACCUGGACACCGCGGGCAGCCUGAGAGGCUCGAACAACGACCGGGCGAGCGACUUUGCGGCUGGGUACAAUUUGGGUUUGAUCAGCAGCGUCAGAGGAUGGAUGGCGCGCAACCGACGGAACCUGCGCGAAAGCGACCCCAACAGCCCGGGUGACAGCGAGCCGGAGAGCUCCGGUGAAAGGAGCCCUAGGAGCCCUGUCGGAAGGAACGGGAAAGCUAGCACUGAAGUGGGGGCGCGGCAUUAA